AUGGAUCCGCAUGCCGUCGCCUACGAUUUGGACCCGCAGAUCUUCGCCUCCGUUGUGGACCCGCCGAUCGUCGACAAGAUAUCUGAGGAACCAGAUUCGAAACGCCAAAAGUUGGAUGACGAGGAGGAAAGACCCGAAGAUUCCUCUACGUCUAGCGACGACUCCAUGGCUUACGAUUCGGAUGAUGUUCGAAUGUACGACGAAGAAUUCAAAAAACAUGGGGCGUACGAUUUUGACUGCUCGAGAGUAGGCCGCAUUGUGGGUUUUCGCCCGGUCAUAUUCGAGGAUAGCGACUUUGCUGACGAACCGGAAACAGACGGAGAAUUGAUCAAUCGAUUAUCGAAGACGGCUCUUGAUAAAUACAAUACUGAUAAGGGAAACAAUCUUGAAUUUGUGAAAGCAGUGAAGUCUAAUUGGAGUAUUGGAGGGGGACACAUUUUCUCAAUCACAUUCGAGGCCAAGGAUGCUUCUCAAAGUGAGCCUAUACCUUUCCACGCUCAGGUUGGUUACUUUCCAUGGAGAACAACUGUCUACGAUGUCAAGCCUAAACCAUGA